AUGUCGUUGAUACACGCCGAUAACCUGGCUCCUCAGCCUGCCACAGACAUCUUCACCAGCGAUACCUGCAUUGAUCGCAGAAAAUGCCACCGCACAGUGCCUAUGAAGGUCCUUGCUCUGGGUGUAGGAAGAACUGGCACAGCCUCUCUUCGCAUUGCCCUUGAGAGACUGGGAUACGUCAAAUGCUACCACAUGAUGUCCGCCAGUGUAGAGAACCCCCCCGACUGUCUGAUGUGGCACGAUGCGCUUGCCGCCAAGUACGAUGGUGUUGGUGAGUUUGGAAGAAAGGAGUGGGAUCAGCUGCUGGGGGAUUGCCAGGCUGUUUGCGACUGGCCUGCCUGUGCCUUUGCGAAGGAGUUGAUCGAAGCCUACCCCAACGCUAAGGUCAUUCUGUCGACCCGUGAUGUGGAUUCGUGGCAUGCUUCCGUCAUGAAGACCGUCUACUGGCGUGUCACUGACCCCGAGCACCGCUUAGUUUCCCACUUCAGCUGGGCCGCCAGCAUGUACUACCCCAUGCUGAACAAGUUCUUCGAAACAUUCUUCCGCGGCGACUUCCCCAACAAGGGCAAGCAGGUCUAUCUCGACCAUGUUGCAGAAAUCCGCAGCCUGGUUCCUCCUGAGAGAUUGCUUGAGUACCAGAUCAAGGAUGGCUGGGGACCGCUGUGCGAGUUCCUGGGCGAAGAUGUCCCUGACACUCCCUUCCCCCGCGGAAAUGACAUGGCAGACUUCUUCAACCGAUGCCGUACCCGUAACCGACGCCAGAUGAUGAACGCUGCUUUUCAGGCUGUCGCCAUGGGUGGAGCUUUGCUGGCAACUGGAAUGGCCGCAGCCAUGAUGUUCAAGCGCUUCUCCCGGUAA